AUUUAUUCGUUCUGCUUGUUUUCUGAUGUGUGCUUCUAUUUAAAGGGGUAUAGAUCAAACAAGGUAAUAUGUCAGGAACAAAAAUUCGCAUUUCUAUCAGAGCAGCAAAUCAGCAUCAAGCUGACCAAGUUUUUGACUGUGAAAAGCAAUGGCAAGUAAAGAAAUUAAAAGAACUUAUAAAAGAAAGUUAUGCAGGAAAACCGAAACCUGAGGAACAAAGGCUUAUAUACGGAGGGAAGUAUUUACUAGAUCAUGAAGUUCUUGGUUCUGUUUUAAAAGUUUCCAAUCUUCCAAACAUCGUGCAUCUUGUUACUUCAAUCUCUUCAAAUCCAGAUUCUAUCCAACCCACUCAGACUUCUACUAAUGACACCUCUACAUUACCAACUGAAUUACGACAAAGACACACCGCAUCAAAUUCCCAACCCAAUCCCAUGACACAACAAUAUAACAGCUGGCAACAGAUGUACAGCCAACCUUACAUGCAGCAGUUUACCUCCACACAGAUGACACCCGAGCAAUACAACCAGGCGUGGCAGCAAUAUCAGCAGCAAAUGGCUGAGUACAUGCAAUAUUACGGAAUGCAAGUACCAGGCAUGCAUAUGCCUUUUACUGCUUCAGUUACUCAAACCACGACACCUGCAGCAGCAGUAGCUCAUCCAGAACCCAACAUUGCCCCUAACGCCCCCGAGCCAGUGAGGCCAGCUCCUGAUAACAAUCCUCCAAUGAAUGCACAGGGAGGAUUUGCUGCAGCAGAUGAUGACGAUCCGAUGCGGAGAGAUUGGCUGGAUGUUUUUUUUACAAUGCUCCGUGGAUGUUUCUUCCUCAGCAUUGUGUAUUUUUACUCCUCAUUUUGGAGGUUCAUCUUUAUCCUUUCACUUUUUGUCAUUAUUUACAUUUAUCAGUCCGGAUUCUUUCAAGUUCAACGCCGCCACCCUGUUCCCCAACAACCAGAUAAUAACAACAAUGGUGAAAUGUCAACUGAUGAUAAUGAUGAAUUGCCGAGUGAACCAGAUGUUCCACCCCCACCAUCCCUCUCAGCAACAGCAUGGUGUUUUGUUUCAACUUUUUUCACCUCUUUGAUUCCACAAGGUCCACCAGUUGGUGCAAACUAAUCAAACAAACUUGUGCUUUAGUGGCCUUACCUAGGAAAUAUAAAGGGUUUAAUUAAUUGUAAUUGUUUAUGUUUAAUGGCCGGUGUUGGUACAAUUGACAAAAAAUCAAUCUCACUGCGAAUUGUUGUAUUUCCUUUAAAAAUGUUAGUUUUUCAGUUGUAUGUAUUUUUUAAAUCAAAGCCAUUGUAAUUGCCAUGGUUAUUGCUAACAAUAUGUAUAAUAACUAAGUGUAUACCAGUGUAUAAAAUCAUAUUUUAUUUGGUAAACCAGUAAAACCACCAAUUCUGUUAUUUAAGAUCAUUGUAGCCGACUGGUAAACUCUUGCGGUAAGCAAAAUUUGAAAAUUUAACCUGUAACCUAAUUUGUUCAAAAAAGGCAGUGAAAUUUGUUACAUACCGGUGUGUUGCUUCUGUAUAGUUACAAUACAAUUUCGUUUUACACUAAUA